GUACAUUGAACAAACAUAUGAAGAUAGUGCACCUUGCGGAGAGGAAUUUUCACUGUGAUCAGUGUACCAAGGCAUUCACAAGCGCUUCGUCACUAAAGUUUCACUACAUGAUGCAUACAGACGAAAGACGAUUUCAGUGUCCAAAAUGUCCAAAGAAAUUUCGCAAGAUGUACAAUGUUAAAGUUCAUUUGGAAGCUUUGCAUGGAAGUGGGUUGCCAAAAUUUCAGUGCCCGCACUGUUUGAGACAAUUGAAAGCAAAAUGCGCCUUAACAGAGCAUAUUCAGCGUGUCCACAUGAAGCUGAAGUCUUGGAUUUGUUCAUGGCCUGAUUGCAGUGAGCAGUUUUAUAAUGCAAAAAUCCUUAGAAGGCACAUGUGUAGACACACAGGAGAGAAGCCAUUGUCCUGUGAUUAUUGUGAGUGUGCCUACGUUCAGCCAACAGAGCUGCUUGCCCACUUGAAGAGCAAACACAACAUACACACUCUACCGCUAUCAAAGAGAACUUCAUUCAAAGUCAGGUCUUAUGAAAGGUAUAUAUUUGAUACAGAUACUAGUGGAAUAGAUGGACAAAAAAUGAAAUCUAUAAUGUUCCAAGCAAGCAAUGCAACCCGCGCACAUAGCAGCCCAAUGUAUAAUACCCCAGCAACACAGACUUGUAACAGCCCAGGAGUUAAUAUUCCUACAUUCUCUGCAAAUAGACUUGCCCAAGUUGAUACUGAGACAAAAGCUAACUGCAGUCUAGAAAACAGUUGGACAUCUUCUGGAAGUAUGACGUUACAGAGAGUCGGUGAAUGUUCACAGUAUGCCAACACUCCUAACGGAGCAUCUUACAUGCCAGUGACCAGUGUUAUAUCUACGAGUUCAUAUGUUGAACACAAUCAAUUGGUGAACGUUCCUUCAUGUUCUGGUGAUGAAACAGGCUUGUAUUUCACACCAGGGGGCAGUAGGACUGUACCAGCUGAGAGUGAACUGACCCCAGUACCGGAUUUAAAGCCAUUUAUCACAGACGGGUAGGGUUUUAUAGACCAUGCUUGUUUGCAAGCAACUAAAAGGUUAAAUAACAUAUAAGCUCUAUUGAACAUGAAUUUUAGUUUUAGCUGUAAAAUUAAUGACUUUCCUUGAAAAAUUUGUUUGAUCUUGCGUGACCAUUUGUGUUUGGGAAGGUUAUUAAAAAUGCCGCAUGCAGACUUUUGGUGUGUCGAAAUAAAAAAGACAUGGUUGCUGUGAUGUUCUGAAAGUUUGGUA